GAAGCCGCUGGGACCUUAGCUACUGAGGACCGAAGGAAAAUGAACCAAGCUCAAAGCCUUCUGAUCGACAGCCUCACCAGGACGAAGCAUGUGGCCAAUGCCGCCCUGAUCAAAAUCUUGGACUCCUCCGUGUUGGCAAUGACCCCGGGCUUCAAUAUCCAAAGCCAGGCCCCCGUGUUCGUCCAAGCCUUCUACAAGGACUUGCUCCAAGUCCGGAGGGAGGGCCUGUACUUCAAGGAGCGGCAUUACAAGUGCGUCCGGGCGGACGACCAGUCGAUCUACCUGAAAGGGAAAGACAACGGCUUGAUCUUGGUGAAAACCAGGGCUUUCGUCCUGGUGGGGACAUACUCCCAAGGCAUGUACCCCAGUGUGUGCGUGGAAGCAGUGGAGAAGCUGGCGGAUUACUUCAGAGGAAAGGGGAACUGAAGGCGUCAAGGCAAAGACGCAGCGACAGGCCAGCCUCGCGCG